GGCAGGAUGUCAGUGAGGGGCUUGGACCCCACCUGUCCCUCCUCCAUAAAGUGUGAGCCCUCCAGCCCGAGCCCCAGCUCCCAGGGAGACGUCAGCCCGGCCCAACCCAGCCCUGGAAGCACCUCGUCGGACACAAACUCAAGCUACGGGCCCCUGACAAAUAAGGGCCUCGGUCACAGCAAUGGGCUGGACUCCCCCAGCCUCUACGGUCACACGGCGGGGUUGGCCAACAAUGGAGGAACAAACAGGAGGUUUGGUGAAGAAGAAGGCCAAGUGAAGUGUGAGUUCAUGCUGGGCUCAGUGGCCAAGCGGCUGUGUCUGGUGUGCGGUGAUGUGGCCUCAGGUUACCACUACGGCGUGGCGUCCUGUGAGGCCUGCAAGGCGUUCUUCAAGAGGACCAUCCAGGGUAACAUCGAAUACAGCUGCCCAGCGUCCAAUGAAUGUGAAAUCACCAAGAGGAGAAGGAAAUCCUGCCAGGCCUGUCGAUUUGUGAAAUGUCUGGGCGUGGGCAUGUUGAGAGAAG